CAAAAUGGGAUGUUUUUGUCAAAGUCACAAAGUCUUCGAAUUCUUUCCGGGUUUCAAAGCUCUUGUCGAGACACGUUGGUAUUUGUUUUUGGCUGGCGUCCUUCCACAUGUUGGCUAGCUCCGUAUUUGUUUACUAAUAGUAACAGCCAAGGCGGGCGGGCCCUUACGCGGCUUGGGCGGCUCUCCGCGGUUGCAAGUAGUUACUGUUAGCUGUCGGCAGUGUAACUGCUAUCAUCUUUUUGCUGGGGAUAUUCCUUGCGUAUUGCUCUUGUUUAGUGGUCGGAACCCUCACCGAUUGUCGACAGAUUGUUAAUCGACCAUGUCUACCGAACCGUUCGGCACCACACCGCUCCCGACGUGCGUGUCGGGAAGCCCAGUGAAAGUCUGGUUCGAUGUUAAUCCUCUGUUGGCGCGGGCGCAGCAGCCCCAAACCCAACAAGUGGCGAAUUUCGAAGCCUUAUCGAACGAAGCUUGUAUCAACGGCUGCUUGCUGGAUGUCAAUCAGCAUUUCAUUGUGUACGGGAUCAAGAACGGCCUUAUCCGCGUCUUCCAACGCCAUACGGUGCUCCGAUCGUUGUUGCGCGGUCACGAGGGACAGAAUCUGACCGACAUGCAUUUUUUCCAAAACGGCGACGUCCUCGCCUCGGCGGCGUCCAACGCCCAAUCUUCCACGGUGCUCGUUUGGAGAGUCUUUGGGCGCUCUCCGGAAAUCAUGUCGGAAAAAUUGUUGGAAAUUUCGACGCCGCAUUUCACUAUACAACGAGUCGUCUGGCACCCCUUCAAUCCGAAUCAGUUUUGGAUGCUGCAUACGAAUGCUGCCAACCACAUGGUGGCGACGCUGGUGGAAACCACGCGGAUCGCAACACAGCCUCAUCCCGUCGAAGGACACGCCGUGUGCAACUUUCACGAUGCGCACAUUAUUAUGGACGGUGCGGUACAGAUUAGUGCUGAUUGUGCUUCGGGAUCCGGUGCCUCUUUGACCGAUUUGACCUGGUCCAAUCGGGACACGCGACAUAUUUUGACGUGUCACGAUUCUGGGGAAAUUGUCUUGUGGGAUUUGAAAACGCUGUCGUCCUCGUCGGCUACCCCUGGUACCGUGACUCCGGCUCGAUUAGCAACGUUGCGUAUGGACGAACCAGUCUCAAGGGGUCUGUUUUUGCCACACGAGGACGUCCUUGUAUCGGACAAUCGUAGCCAGGAGGCCAAACUGACCACUUGUUUUGUCACAGCCAGUGAUAAGAACGGAACGAUCACUGUAUGGAGCCCAUUCGAGAGUUCGGGAGCGCUGCCGCAAAAAAUACAAAUCUUGGCGGUGGAGAAUCCCAGUCCCAGCUACGUUUUGGAUGUUUGCUCGGGACCCGCCCCGGUCAACGCAUCCCCGCCCUCGGCUUUUGUGGUGAUGGCUGAUCGCCACAGUGGGGCGAUUCUAGCGUGGCAUUUGCGGGCAGAUUGGAACGAUACCGUUCCGAAAAAGGCUUUGCUGAAGGGUUGUGACUACGUGGUGCCAUUUCUAACAAAAUUUCCAACCUAUUCUUGGAGUGUAGUGUGUGCGCCUGCGACCAACAUUUCCGACGAGGAACUGUCGGACCAGGGUGGAUUGGUCUUUGACGUAGAACUCUUUGCCUACCAGACUACCGCGGUGCAGCGUUUGAAAUUGACUUCUUACAUGUGUCUGCCGCCGGAAACCUCGUGGACGGAUCCAACGCCGAGUGUGCGGUUGGAGCGGCUAGUGUCCGCUCAGUCGGCGCACGUUUCCGAAAUCGGCUCGGACGAUGCCAAUCCGGAUGUUGAAUUCGACGAAGCUUACGAUUUGGAGGAGGAUGACGAGGAAGAAGAAAUUGAGGCGCCGGACCCCUCGUCGCUACCCUCGCCGUUGGGUAUAGGCAAUUCUACGCCGUCGUUGUCGAACAAUCCUUUCGCUAACUGGUUGGGUACGAUUGCGUCGAAAACGACUACUUCUGUACCACCAGCUGUAGUCGCAGCCCCUGCUCACGUACCUCCACCGGCAAGCUCGUUGCCCACACCGCCUCCCGAUCAACCGAAAAAAAUCGUCUUGUCGAAACACGAUUUGGAGGAUCCAAAAAAGGUGGAACCUCAAAACGCGGCUCCAGUGAUGACCACUAAAGGCCCCAACAAUAUCAGCAACGCUGACUCUAAGAAAAAGAAAAAAGUAAAGGCAACACCUGUCCCCCCGUCAGCUCCGGAAGUGGGGAAGGUUUCCAUUCUCAGAAGGGAUGACGAGGUGAAGCCAUCACUAUUGCUUGAUAGCGGUGCGAAUAUACCGCCAUCUCCAACAAAUCCAAUCGAGGCCAGUAUGGACACCAAAUCCAUUGCAGAAGAUAUUCGAAAGGUUGUACACCACGAAAUGCGCUCAACUCUCGUUCCCGCCCUCAAGCAAGCUGUUCAAGAAUCCUUGAACACUUCCGUAAUCAAUCCUAUCCAAGCAUCAAUCACUCAACUGUCCAAGCAAGUGGUGAUGAACGACAACAUGGAAUCCGCCUUAUCGGGAUCAGUUGAAGAGCCUCUUCAGGCCGCUGUUGCGAACACUAUGCGAACGGUGUUGAUUCCAACAAUGGAGUCAAUCACGAAUCAGGUCUUCGUACGGGUAUCUGAAAGUCUGGAACGAACGGCAGCGACUACAUCAACUGAUUCAAAAAAGGAACUUGAGGCUAUCUCUUUACAGCUCACGACAAUGACAGCUCUGGUUGCCGAGCUUACAAACGAAGUGCAAAGUCUACGCAAACUGGUUCGAUCUAACCAAGCGCCUGUACCACCAGCACCUACGGCCCCGAGUCUACCUCCGAUUAACCCCGUGGAGGCACUGCGCAAGGAAAUUGCCGCACUCAUACAACAGCGGCAGUACGAAGCCGCGUUCACGAAGGCUGUGUCAUCAAGUACAGCCGAAUUGGCCGUUUUCGCUUGUACAAAUUCGAAUCUGACUUCUGUGUUGGGCAGUGCACGAGUAGAACUGAGUCAGCGCAUUUUAAUUUGUCUGAUGCAGCAGCUCAGUACUGUCUUAAAUUGGCGUGAUGCAAGCUUAAAUGUACCACUCAUCCUUGAAUGGCUCCAAGAAAUUGCCUUGUCAUUAGAUCCCAACGAUGAUACCAUUAAACGGCACAUUCCAACCGUUUUGCAACAAAUGGUGUCCAGCGUCAACAAUCGAAUGUCCUUGGACGAGCCUGUUCUUAGGCGACCUUUACAGAAACUACUUCAGAUUCUUCGGGGGAUGUCUAUAUCAUAAGAGCGCCAAAGGAUUGUAAGACCGCAAUGAAAAUCGAGAAUAUGCAUCUCUUUGUGAAUUUUCUGAGCUCCUUCCGUGGCUUUAGCAUUUUUUACGAGAAUACGUACACUGAAGUCACGUCAUAAGUAUUGGCCUCUUCCUCAACAAGCUAUCAAAAAAGCAAUGAUGGAGUAGCUUUAGGGGAAUUCUCUAGAAAACAGUAGGUCAUGCCGUGAUUGAUGGU